GUCUCACUGGCUGUGUUGGUGAUUGGACGAACGUUGGUGUUGGAGAAUCGUUUUUUUUUUGCGUCACGGGACUACUACUGCUACUACUAUCGCUACUACUACUAUUGACUACUACUACUACCUCUGGCUGUCUCACACACAAGCUCAAACACUAUCCCUCUCUCUCUCUCUCUCUCUCUCUCUUCCUCUGUUGGCUGCAAUCACUGUCGCUGACUGCUCCCCUCAAGAGGAGAGAAGAGAAUUCUGCUGUUUCUCUUAUUCUGCUGCUGCUGCUACUGCUGCUGUGUGUUUCUGUUAUAUGCAGCUGCCUUCCUUCUUCUUCUCCUCCUCCUCCUCCCCCCCUUCCUCCUCCUUCUUCCUCCCUUGCCGUCAUCGUCAUCCUUAUCAUCAUCUUUGAUACCAACCAUCAUCCUCAUCUCAUCACUCGCCGAACCAGAUCAUCAUCCUCGUCUUGUUGAUAUAUCUCUAAGGUUAAUGAAAUGCGCGAAUGAAUCUGCCAGCGGACAGGAGGUUGAAGGUGACCGUAUGUGACGUCAUUACUGUCGGCAUCCAAUCACAUCUCAUUAUGUAGAUGUUUUCAGGGGAGCCAGGCCGUCACACUUAGUCUCCUGCAUCCUCUACUAACUUGGGCUCGGCGUGCCUUUGGUGGCUGCUGCUGCUCGCACCGACACCACCAUCACCACCACCACCUCCUCCACCACACCUCCACCACCACCACCACAAAAAAACACCAACACUCAACCACCACCACCCACCAAAACAACCACUCCAUCUCCACCAACCACAACCUCCUCCUCCACACACCACCACAAAAAAACGCCAACACUCAACCAUCACCACCACAACCCACCCACCAAAACAACCACUCCAUCUUCACCACCAUUACACCACCUACCAUUUCGACCACCAUACCACCGCCAACUUGCCGCCCAUACGCCCCACCGGCAUGGCCCAGCUGGAAAUACCGUCCAUAGUGGUGCACAACGGAUCGACGAGCGCCCCAGCCAGCCCCAGUAUGGAGCGCUCAGCUAGACCUCUCCGGUCCCAUCCAACGCUUUCCAAACAGAUAUCUCUUUUGGAUGAUGAGUGUGAUGAGGGUGUAGUUGAUGGUGGAGAUGGAUUGCCAGAUUCACCACCCACACUUGCUCACACACCUCCAGCCACUCCACCAGGGGCAGGUGGAGUGUCUCCACCACCUUCUACCAAUUUUUCCCAUCAUCACAAUAGCCCACCGCAUGGUCCAGGUCCCGGGGGAGGUGGCGGAGGUCUUGGUAGUCAAUCCAGCCAUAGUAAUUCUAAUCAUGUUUCAAGUCACUCGGUGUCAAACCACGGAGGGCUCGGUGGGCGCUCCAAAUCUUUGGAGUUGCAUCAACAACGGUCAUCAGACUCCGAUAAAGAUGUUCCUCUCGUUACUUCAGCAAGACAUAGGCACCAUGGAGGAAAGUUGAGGUUAUUACAAAGAAGCCAUGCAAUGAGAGAAGAUACUUCCCCACCUCCAGAGCAGCUGGAACCUGUGCCACCCCCUGCUCAUGCUAGUUCUCAUUCAGGAAGUGGCAGUAGUGGUAAUACUUUAACAGUGUCAUCAGGUGGGGGCAGUGGUGGUGGUGGGAGACGGCGGCUUAAACAUCAGGGAUCAUCCCAGAGUUCAUUUGAAGGGUCAUCUCCAUGUCUUUCUAGAGAUUCAUCGAUGGAAUAUACGGAUAGUAGUGGUGUAGAUUUACAACAAUUCAUCAUCCAAACUCUUCAUAAAAACCAAAAAGAUCGCAUGAUGCUGUUGAAGAUCGAGCACGAACUUGUCAGCCUCGUAAAGGAUAGUAAACGUACACAUCAUAAGUUUCCUCCAAUGUCGUCCUAUCAACGAAUGCUUGUCCAUCGUUGUGCAGCUUUUUUUGGCCUGGAGCAUAAUGUAGAUCAACAAGGCACUGCUGUUAUAGUUAAUAAGACUCGGAACACCCGCCUUCCUGAAACGCGUUUUCGAGAACACUGCCGUGAUGAUCUUCUAGUGCCUGACGAACCCAAGCGAUCCAUCCUAAAGAGAGAUUCUUCAUCUUUUGAUGAUGGUUCAAAUUACAAGUCCUUAGAUAGACAAUACAGCUCAGAAUCAAGGAGGAGCAAGAGCUUCGAGGAGCGAGAAGAGGAAUAUGAAAAAGUAAGGAAGCGAAUAUUCAGUCAGGAGUCUUUGUCUUCUGCUGAUGGUCUGGGCGACUCACCUGUUAGAAGCCAUGAUUCCAGAAGAAAUUCUCAAGAUGACUCCAGGUGGCAUGAAUCUCGCCAUUGGACGUUCAUGGAAUCUGAAAUAGCACAUCGAAAACACCAUUAUGACAAUCAUAGACUAAGGCCUGGAAGAUUACCAAAAGUAGAGUCUUUUGAAAGCAGAGAUACUCUUCAUCCAAAGUCAUUGCGGCCGCCUGUUUUCAAGUCUCAUAGCUUUGGUGGUUACAGUGGAGGAGUAACAGUAUUAUCCAGAGGAGAGUCUGUCUCCAGUAAUCUUUCAUCAUCUAGAUUAAGUAAACAAGACUCUACCAGUAGUCGAAUAAGUGAUCACAGUAGCAGCUCAGGCUAUAAAACACAGAGGCAAGACACUAGCUCUACAAAUGUCUCAAACACACUCUCAACCACUCCAUCGCCCACAACUAGUCAACACCAACACUCUGCAAGUAGUCAGAGUAUUGGGAUGUGGGGAUGUGAUGGAGAUAGCCAAGCUGUGAUGUGGGCAGUUACAGAUAUGGAAGCUGUACCACCUGGUGCAAUGUUAAUUAAUCCACAGAGCGGGCAGCCAUAUAUGAAUUCAGAUGGCUCAGUUUAUAGGUUUGAUCCAAAUAAUCCACCACAACUUAGUCCAGGUAUUGCUGGAGGUAGCACAAAUGGGGGAAGUUCGAAAGAAAAAGAAUCUACCAUUGACAAGGAGACUAGUUGCCAAACUUCAGGUGGUUUGGGAGGGAGUUUAGGUGUGACACAACCUCCUCCUGUCUCCCCGUCCUCACCUCAUGACCUGACACCACCCACGUCUACUAGUGUCCGGAAUUCACCUAGUAAACAGCUCAAUAUUGAAGAUAACUCACCUGAACCUCCUCAUUCCAGUGUCGUUGUCAGUGGUGUUGUGUCUAACAGCUUAGACGUAAAAGAAACUGGCAGCAGCAAUGGGACAAAUGAGGGAGGACCAAGUGAAGGGGUUGUUCCACCACCUCCUCCACCAGUGAUAUACCAACCCUAUUUCCAGCAUCCUCAGCUGGACACUAGAUCUUUUUCUCAAGAGGGUAGUACAAAUGAAGUAACCAAUCACAUGAGAGGGUUAUGUAUCAGUGGACCAAGCAAUGCAGGAGAGAAUGGCAAUGACCUUCCAGCAACUCAAGUUUCUAGUGCACCUGUCCAGCAAAGUUAUGUAGUUUCCAGACAACACUACACUCAGCCUGUCUAUUACAUGCCAGCUGGUAGUGUUGGCAGUGUGAAUGGAUCGCUCAAGUAUGUAUACCCCCAGUACCAGGUGGCUCCAGUCCAAGCUGCGCCUGCUAGUGUUCAAACCGCAACUGGAGUACAACCAGCAGGUGUUCAACAAGUUCAGGGCAUACCCACUGUACCUGCAGUGGCAAGUACAAUACCUGCAGUACCUGUACCACCUACUGCUCAUCAUCCCUCCAUAGAACACAAUGCUGCACUCCCACCAGGAGGAAGUUUUGUCCCCGGUUACACGGUUGUGGCUUAUCCGACGGGUAGCAGUGUGGGAGGCAACUCAAGUGGUCAAGAACCAGCAGGUACUACAUAUUACUACCAGAUUCCAGCAGCGGCUGCAGCAGCAGCAGGAAUAACUGGCCCCUUACCUACAGCCCAACCUACACAAACUAGUUUACAACAGUACACGUUAACUCCCUCAAGUUCCACCACUACUUUUCCACAAAUGGGUACUGGUAUGGCUUACUAUGCAGCGAGCACUAUACCAGGCGGUGGUGUUUAUCAGACCGUAGGAGCCAUGCAAGGAAUAUCUGGUGGGAUGUAUGGAAAUCCCCAAGGUCCUGCAACUGCUGCUGCAGCUCACACUGCCACUGUCUCUUAUAGGGCACCAACACCUCCACAGACACCUAGCACACAGGGCAUGAGUAUGAGUCUAGGGUAUGUGAGUGGCGGCAGUGGGGGGGCUGGGGUAGCCCCUGCUGGAGGCAUAGGGGGGCAAUAUAUGGCAAUGGUCCCCCCCAGCACCCCCACCCCCACAUCCCACGCCCCUCCCCAGCUCUUCACAACCUUCUUUAGGCCUUCUGUACAGAUGAUGGGGUCUGCUGGAACACCACCUCCGCAACCAAUGCUACAAUAUGGUGGAGGUGCAGUACCACCAACAGGUCCUCCAGGGAGUGUUACACCACACCCUCCUGUUUUUGCCAAGCCAUAUAUAGGACCUGCCAUGCAUACUCUCAUGCCAGCACCUAUUCCAGACCAGUCAAGCAGUGGCAAGGAAGAGAAAAGAAUAAUAACCAUGACCCAAAAUGUGGGUGGUGUGCCUGGGGUUCCAGCAACUCAGCUCCUCACUAGACCGUACUCCAUCAUGCAAAGUGAUAUGCGGAUAUUUGGGGGUACAAGCGGGCUUCCCAACACAGGUGGUAUGGGUGGUGGUACCUUACCUGGUGGUGGUGCACCAGGCCAUAUGAGAGCUACUCCUCUAAUAUUAACAGGCACACGGCCUAGACACCCUAAUGCCUUCACUCCAACCCCUCUUGCCCCCAUCAGCCUAGCAAGACCGCCAAAAGUGCGCAGACAGCGGUCACGAACUUCCUAUAUCCGUAAUGCAGACACUAUGACACCUCAGCUCUCAGUGGAAGGCCAAGAGUCAAACGAAUGAAAAAUUCCUGAUAUGCUUUGAAGCAUUUAUCCCAUUUCCAGCUUUCAUGAUAUGGGAACCUUAGAUUUUAAGUCUGAUUAUGUGAUAAUUAUCACAAAAUAUCUUGUCUCUCUAGAUAGGUGCUGCAGUGAUGGUUGAAGAAAGCCUUAUGUAGUGUCUGUUCAGUUAUAUAUAUUUCUGAAAUUAAUCUGUUAAAUGUUAUAAAAAUAAGUGUUGAGGAUUAUAAGUUUGGUGGAUAUUUAUUACUUACAAUCCUCAUAACACAUUCAUAUAUGAUUUCUUUUGUAUACAAAGUGAAAAUAGGUAUAUAUCUGACUAUGGCAGUAGAAAUAUUUAUUUUUGACAAAGUUACAAGUAUCUUGUAUAUUACAGCCUACAGUUUAAAGGACACCUGGGUAUAAAUAAAACUGGGACAUGUUCUAAAUUUUCAUAUUCAUCUAUUAUGUCAAAGAGAAUAAAUAGCAACAGCAAUAAUCAGUGAAGGUAGGAAAAAAUAGAAUUAAAGCAGACAAAAUACUGAUCUCAGAUAGAGUAGAGCAGCAAGUUUAGCAGUAUGUGAUCAUUUGAUUAGGCUUCAUGACAUGAAUGUUAAUCAUAGAGAAUUACUGAUGUUGCAUAAUACUUUACAUAACAGCAUAAGUUUCAUCAAAACAAUGAAAAAUUUUAUACUCAACAUUAUACGUAUGGGAAAAGGAAAUUUCAUUUUUAUUUUAUCAUAAAAUUACCUUAGAAUUUACUUAUUAUUUGUGAAGAUAUUCUUCUGUAUGCCAGAGUUUGAUACACUAAAAAAAAACUGAUGAUAACCCUGAAGAGAAUUUAUGAAGGAGAAGAGUGAUUGUAGGAAAUCUGAAGCUGAAAUGAAAUCCAUAGAAUCAGUAUAGUAAUGUGUUCAGAAACAGUAUUCACAAGCUUUAUGAGUGACUGAAUUUUCAGAGUAGUUUAUUAACAGGUGUUUAUCUAAAAUAACUACUCUGAGGAUUUACAAGCAUCCCUCAGUUGCAGCUAUACGUCAAGGAUACAAGCUUGGCAACUACUAUUUGACACAAGUCCAAGUUAUCUACCUACUAAAACUGCUAUUUUGUAGUUCUCAUAGGAAUCUCUUUUUACUGAUUCUGCAAUCUGUUGUUCACUUUUAAGAAGGUAUUAAUGAUGCAGAAGUCUUUAUUAUUCACUAUUUUUGUACAGCUAUUGAACAUCUGCCUACUGUUUCCUUUUAAUAGUCAUUGAUCUAGUACUAACCUGCCUAGUUAAAACUGAUGGUAAGGGUGCUGGUCCUGAAGAAGAGCAUCGCUCAUCAUUGUAAGGAAUACUAAAUGAAUACUCAUUAAUCAGAGAAAGUAAAUCUCCAUCUCUGUUACGGUUAAUUCGUCAAUAUGGUGCCUCAGUAUUUAAACUGACUAGUCAGUAAAGUUUAACGUCCACAAGAAAUUCCCUCGCUUCCAGCUCCCAUUGUAGGUCAGUGCAUAACUCGGCAGCUUAUGUGACUCAUCUGCAAGUUUCACAGAAUUCCAGCCCAAAUAUACAGCUGUAGAUGUCAGCUACAAGGAAAGUUGGGUUGCCAUCCAUUCCCUCCUACCAGAGCACAAGAUGUUAAUUUACUGUAAUAAGGAGAUAGAAGAAGGGUUUAUGAUUGCUCUACUCAAUCAUCAGAAGUGCUCUUCUAUACUCAGUUACAAUAAUAGUAACAAUUAAAGUUCAUGUCCAACACCAAGGAUUACCAUGACUUGAGAAUACCAUAUGUUUCCCAUUAUAAUUGAAAUCUACAUUUUCUACCAAAUAUCUUAAUAUCCCUGUCCUUGUUUUGAAUACGUCAAUUCAUCCUAUUUUGUGCACUUUCUUGAUAUGAACUUAGUGAAUUGGCUCAAUUCCAACUAGCCUUUUGUAGAAAUAUGGUGUUUCACUGCAGCUGCUUUGUUAUCAGGUUUAUCAGAAUCUUUUCUUAUCUCUUAAACCUUAGUUGCCACUACUAUUCCAUUUCCGUUUUUAUACCGUGUAAUUUAUUUGAACCUAAAUAUUAUGGAGUGCUUUACCAAUAUCUCUAAUCCAAGCAAUUAAAAAUUUUUAUAGCCGUGGCCUUCGAGUUAAGUCAUUAUGUAACGAUUAUAAUAUACUUAUUGCAUUAUGUUCUACUGUAUUUUGUUUCUGAUAACUCAGCACAGUCUUGAAAUAUCAUUAGCGCAUUCUGUUGGUGUUCUCUUUAAUGUCCAUGUUAUUGAAGACAAGGAGCAGUUUCUGUGACAUGUUUUGUGUACCAUUAAUGUAGAAUAACAGAAAAUUGAUAAGGCAAAAGGAUUGUCUUGCAGACACUAAUUUUUGCAACUAAAAAGUAAAUAAAACCAUUUCAAGUUAUUUUCAUUACUAAUACUCAAGACAGUAGCAGUUUCUGUUGAUGUCAUAUUGUUUUUCCUCUUAGGAUAAGAAAUCUCAUCAUGCAUUUUGCCAUAUCCUUGGUAGUCAGGUACUCAUAUCCCAAUGAUCUCAUGCCCUAGUCAUGUAUGAUUACUUUGUUAACCAAACUCAAAGAUACAUUGGAAAGAAAUAUGUAGUGUACUCCUUUGAUGAAAGUAAAUGACAUUCAUUAACAUAUUCUGUCCACAUAUUUGUUACAAUCAAAUUCCAUCUGUAUUAAAGGCAUAAUCAA